CCCAAGAUCCUUUGCGCGCACGGCUUUAAAAGAUGUAUCAGCACCGCACAGUAAUAACACAAAGCGACCUAAAAUAAUAUUCCGCAGGCCAAGAUUUCUUCUUACCCAGGAGACGUUUGAGGAUGAAUAAUGGAUAUAGAUUACUAUGAAGCUGGUUCCAUCAUCUUCAUCCUCAUCCUCAUCAUUUCUUAUUAUUUCUUUCAUAAAAAUGCAUAUAUACACGUCAUGUACAGUUGACACUUUCAUUGUUUUUUAGUUUCUUAUACAUUUCCAUGAUCAGAAACAGGUUCCAUGGAAGCACCUAUGAGAAAUCAGAGGCGAUAAAAGCGUCAACUGCCGACCAAUCAAAAAUGGCGUCACCAUUCAUUGAGGAUCCUGUAGAUAUCGGUGCGCAGAUCGUGAGAGGGUCUUUGAGAAGAGCGAGAGUUUUCCGUGACCGACAAAACCCUCUGGCUUACCCGGAGGACUUCCUUUACGAACGAUACCGAUUCUCCUCGGAGGGUUUGGCGUACCUCUGCCACCUUCUGGGGCCGCACGUGUCCAACGACACGCGGCGAAGCGGCGCGCUUACCGUGCCACAGAUGGUCUGCGUCGCGCUGCGCUUCUUCGCCACGGGAACCUUCCUGUACGCGGUGGGCGACGCCGAGCACAUCAGUAAAAACACCGUGUGCAGAAGCAUCCGUCGCGUGGCGCACGCCCUGGUUCAACUGCUCAACGCCUUCGUGGUGUUCCCCGGACACAUGCCCCCGCAAUGCAUCAAGGAUGGCUUCUUUGACAUCGCAGGAUUCCCACAGGUGGUUGGUGUUAUUGAUUGCCUGCAUGUUCCCCUCCAGUCCAGUCUGGGGGAAAACGUCCGGGAUUUUUUAAACCGAAAAUCCUUCCGUAGCCUCAAUGUUCAGAUGACUUGUGACCAUAACUGCCUCCUCACAAGCAUGGAUGCCAGGUGGCCAGGAUCUGUGGAGGACUGCAGGAUCUUCAGGGAAUCCACGCUGUGCCAACGCUUCCAACAAGGCAUGAUUAGCGGCCUGCUGCUGGGUGAUCGGGGCUACGCCUGCCAGCCCUUUUUGAUGACGCCGCAUCCCGACCCCGCGCUGGAGCCACAGAAGCGAUUCAAUGUGGCUUUAGCCAAAACCCGGUUCAGGAUAGAAAUGACGUUCGCCUCGCUAAAGGCCAGAUUUUCAUGCUUGCACGCAUUAAGGGCGUCCCCGGAGCGGGCGAGCAAAACAAUCGCUGCCUGCGCUGUGCUGCACAACAUCGCAAGUAUUCGGAGAGAAAAAGCCCCCGAUAUCACCUUGCAGCCGCACGAUGUUGUGGACUCCAUGGCGUUGGAUCACCCUGCCGGUUGUGCUGCCAGGGACGCAAUAACGCAAACCUUUUUUUCUUAGUUUUCAUGUCUUUUUACUCUAUUGGACAUUUGUUAAAAAAAAAAAAAAUUCUAUUGCCUUAUUUUCACAUUUAAUUUUUCCUCUUCUUUAUACAAUUUGUUUUUGUAAAUAUUCUCCUGUUUUUUUCAUAUUUAGUCAAUUUUUUUAUACAAACUCUUCACAUUGUCAAUGCCAACCUGAAACAAAGAAUAAAAUAAAGUUGUUCCUGCUUGA